AACACGUAGAGGGAACAUUGAAAAUCUGAUCUGCUAAAUGCACCUUCGGAAAGAAGUGAAAGUGGUGUGAACAUAGCGGAUUCUCUGAGAACAAUUAAGACGUUAGAGUUUUCUAAAAGGAAAUAUAAUCGCCUCAAAUUUCAAUCAGGGCGAUAAAUAUUGUCGACCGCAAUUGGAGGAAAAUAGAAAGACUUUUAUUACUGUCGAGGAAGAGGGUGCUGGAAAUUCAACUGAUGCAAACAAAAGUUUUUUACCAGCUGAUGUGUGUUUUAUUUUGAAUUUGCAAGGAAAAAGGUUGACAGCGUCAUCGAUGAUGAUUAUUAGAGUAAACAAAAGAGAAUAAUCAGGAAAAUCAUGAAGUUAAACACGCAACGUACUUCUGAACUAGAAAACGGACGACCACAAGACUACUCCGUGGAAACUCAACCGAAAGAAGGAAACAACUUGUCCAGAAAAACAGACGAAAGAAUGGAAAGAGAUUUAACAAGGUACGGAUGGAGGAGAUCGCACAUUUGGUUUAUAGCCGAAUAUAAUCCUCCUGAUAAUAAUAAUUUUCCAGGGACACAACGAAACUUCAACGAAGAAAGACAAGGAAAUAUUGAGGAACCUGUAAACGCCCAUGUCGAAGAAAUGCGAGGACAUUUUAAUUCGAAAUUUAACAAUCGAAAGCCACUCUCUUUGCACCCACCAGUCACCAUGGCAACAGACACCUCACCCAUGCUUCGAAAAUUGAAACAAACUGUUCCCGAGGAAACAGAGAAGAUUGUGAGAAGUCUACAGAAAAUUCGCUUCCAGAGAGAGAAGAAAGGCACGGAAAGACUUUUUCCACAUCGACAAGUUCCUAAGACUAUAGGCGAGAAAAGCAUAAAACUGGCACGUGACAACAACACUCUUCCGGAAGUUCUUUCUAGACGGCGCUCUCGAGAAGAAGAAGACAAGCGUCAUUAUCUACCAAGACUGGAUCUCCAAGUUUUGUCCGCUCCGUCUUCGCGUUUUUCGAUCAAUUUGGAUAAAGCCUCUUCGUGCGGUCGUGCUGGUGAGGGCGACGAGCUUGCGAGCCGUAAAAGUAUACUUGCGUGGAGUGCAUGCGUAGUUCCAGCUACGCUUGUGGAUUUUCCAGGGCGUAAGCGAUUGCCGUUGAUGACGUCACUUAGAAAGUCUCGCAAGCGAGUCAAAGACAGCUCGGUAGACGCAGUGUCCAAGCCGCUUAGCUAUAGGGAGCAUAGUGCUCAGUUAUUACCCCGAUCAUCUAUGGACAAACCUUUGUCCUCCACGAGACUCUUAUAUCCUUCACAUCAUGGAUACUGAUAUGGAUCAGCCCCUUUUUCCGAAUGUUAUUUAAAAAAAAAAAAAGGUCAAAUCCUUCAUGUCCUGGUGUAAAAAGACUCGAAGAAACAUAGAGCUGAUGGCUUGUAAUUCCUACUAGGAAAACGCUGUGAAAAUGUAGCUGCGGUCUUUUCGAGACCGAGAUUACUAUUGAGUCCUUUGUAAAGAAGGAUCAAUGCGCGAAAUGCGAGGGUCUGAAGUUCGAAUGUUCAAGAGGUAUUUUGAAGGCUUUUUCUCCUUGCCCCUCCAGCUCUUGACAAAGGAAAGUCAAAUCAUCCUUUAUGCUACGACCGAGCUCUCAUUCAACCAACUUCCUUUUUUUAUUAACCCAAAGCCGGUGACUACUAUCUUAUUUCCUCUUUUAACUCCCAAAUCACAGGUUAAGGUCACGUUAAUGUUAGCAAAGGAAAUGAUCACCAACCGCAGAAGCUCUGGGGAAGUAUGGAGAAUAUCGUACUGAUGUUAGGCUGUAAAAGUUUAAUUUAACUAUC